UCGCUGAACAACCUGCUGGAGGAGUCCAAGCGGCUCAAUGCACACCUGGCGUCGUCGGAAAUCCCGACCGUCCAGCGCGGAAUUGGCCUGCUCGAAUCUGAAUCGCGCAAGCUUGUUGCGCGUUCAGUGCGACAUGGACGCACCCUCGACCCGCGUGCCCAGUCGCUUCUAGCAAGCUCUGGCGUGGACACUGACGAGCUGAUGGAGAGCUCUGCCUCGGCCGCCUUGCUGAACGCGUUCGAACUGCUGCAGCCAAAGUACGAUGCCAAUGUCGAGAGCUUCCUGGCACAGCAGCAGGAGCAGUCGAUUAUCAGCGCCAUCGAGGAGAGCGAGCUGUCGACGCUGGAUGAUCUUGACCGCCAUAUGGUGUCGCACAUGCAGAGUGUGUGGGAGGACACGCAGAAGCGCCUGUUUGAGGAGCUGGGUCAGUACCAGGGUAUCGACCCGCACUCGAUGCUGGACGGCGCCCAGGGGUCAUCGGUGUUUGACUUGGGCGGCGUGGACAAGGUCGUGCAGCCGCGUGUGGCCCGCUAUGCCGAGGUCAUCAAGUCGCUCAACAACGCGCGCGUGGCGAGCAAGCCGUUUGACCUAGUUGCUGGCCUGGAGAAGGCGUCUUCGGAGAGCUUCCAAGAGCUCAGGAGCAAGCAGGUUGGGCAGACGUGGAGUCUGCUGGCGUCGUAUGCUGCAGGUAACCCAAGCGAUGUGGCUAGUGCUGCGUGCAAGUACUUGGAGAAGACGUUUGUGGAGCAUAUCGACAACGUCAUUGCCCAGUACCCACGCGAGGCUAACGUCGGUGGCGUACCCUCGGUCCACCGCAGAAUUGAAGGGUAUCUCAAGAUUCAUUUUGCUCGCAACUACGCACCAGAGUUUCUCGAGGCAUUUGAGAACCAGGCUAUCUGGGCGCAUAUGUACAUGCUCUAUCGCUGCGGCUAUGCAGAAGAGCUGCUCAAGUACGCAGUGGAUCUCGAGGACGUUAUUGUCGACAGCGACCCCGGAUUUGUCGCUCAUCUGAAGGCAUUCAUCAAAGGUGCAGCGCAGGUUCGCAGCUCUAUUGCUACUACCAACACAUCGCUCCAGGACCCCUACAAGGCCGCUCUAUACCGCGUUAUUGGCCGCGGUAACGUCCCAAAGAAGGCCACUAUCGAGGUGACGCAAACCACCGAGGACUACAUGUGGGCGCAUCUUGCCAUGGUGCGCGACUCUGCUAAGCUGGCUGAUGCGGGGCAACCGCGCAGCACGCUCGAGUCGCUCCAGGAGCUGGUACUCAAGUUUGGUCCCAGCCAUUUUGACUCGAAUGGCGCUAACCCGCUGCUCUACUUCCGUGUCCUGCUUCUGUGCGGCCUGUUUGCCCAUGCCAUCGACUACCUCGCGCGGGUCGAUCAGUACCAGGUCGAGGCUGUCCACACUGCCAUUGCACUGGCGAACAUGGGGCGACUCAGCGUGCCUGGUGGCGAUUCGGCAGGCACCUUUACCAACUUCCUGGUUGAUGAAGGCGGUCAAACCUCCCUCGACUUUACAAAGCUGGUUGUCCACUACGCUCGCGCCUUGCCGCCGACCAUGACUGAUGAUGCGGCUCAGUAUCUGCUGCUACUAACGCUCCCUGGUCUGGGCAAAGCCGAGCCUGCCCGUGGGCGGCAAAUCCGCCUGUGCCAGCAGGCGCUUAUCCAUGCGCUUUAUGAGAAUCGCCAGUACGCCCGCUACCUGGGUGACAUCAGUGCCGAUGGUAAGCACUUGCCUGGCUAUCUUGAGAAGUACCUGGUGCUGAUGGGGCUGCGUACCUCGGACCAGUUUUCGCAAACGAUCGUCAACAAGUUGGCUGACCACAGCCGUGAUGAAGGCCGACUCACGGAUACUGUUAUGCUCUAUAACCUCGCCAAGCGCCACAGCUCUGUGCUGAACGUGUUGAGCAAGCAGCUGGGCGAGGUCUUGUUCAUGCGCAGCAAUGGCCGCAAGAACGAGGCUGAUGCACUAGCUGACGUUGAGGGUGUUGCGCGUACAGUGCUACAAUAUUACAGGCAGCACGACAACAUUGCUCGCGACCUCGACACCAAUGCUGUCUCGACGUGCAACACGCUGCUCGAAAUCAUCGACUUUUUGCGGGCUCACGAGCGCGGCGCGUAUGAGCAGGCGCUGGAGUUUGUUGCGCACACGGGCCUGCUCCCGCUUUCCGGCGACAUUACCGAGGCCACUCAGCACGCCGACCGUAUCCGCACCCUGGACGACUCGAUCACCAAAAACUUCUCGCUGAUUCUGCUGGCGGCCAUGGACACGUUGCUCAACCUGUACUUGGGUCUGAAGGAAUCGGCGUUCCUGGACACUGUGAAGCAGUCGAAUAUGCUGAUACUGCGUCAAAAGGCGCGUGGCCUGAUGGUCUUUGCGGGCAUGAUCCAGUUCCGCAUGCCGUCUGACACCUAUGCCAAGCUUAACCGGAUGGACGUCUUUAUGAACUAA